AUGUGGGGGGCCUGGGCUGGCCUGCACGAGAUCUCAGAGAGCGCGAGGGGCGCUAAGGGCGACAGUGGCACGCUCAUCACACGCCUCCGCAGCCUCUACGCGCCAGGCAUCGACCUGACGUGCCGUCUUCACGUCGACGGGGCUGGACGGGUCUGGACGGGGCUGGACGGGGCUGGACGGGUCUGGACGGGUCUGGACGGGUCUGGACGGGUCUGGACGGGUCUGGACGGGUCUGGACGGGGCUGGACGGGUCUGGACGGGGCUGGACGGGGCUGGACGGGUCUGGACGGCCUGGAUGGGUCUGGAUGGGUCUGGACGGGGCUGGACGGGCUGGACGGGGCUGGACGGGGCUGGACGGGGCUGGACGGGCUGGACGGGCUGGACGGGGCUGGACGGGCUGGACGGGCCUGGACGGGGCUGGACGGGCCUGGACGGGGCUGGACGGGCCUGGACGGGCCUGGACGGGCCUGGACGGGGCUGGACGGGGCUGGACGGACCUGGACGGGCUUGGACGGGCCUGGACGGGGCUGGACGGGGCUGGACGGGCUGAACUGGCGUUGCGCGCUUGUUGCGCGGGCUGUGCGGGCGUGCAGUCGGCACGUGGAAUCCGAACACGACGAGAGGCAGCACGUGGAAGUGUCGGCGCCCGGCAGUUAA